AUGAAGGCCAUUCCUGUUCCCUUGUCAGAUGUCAAUGAUGGCAUCCCUGUUCCCUUGUCAGAUGUCAAUGACGGCAUCCCUGUUCCCUUGUCAGAUGUCAAUGACGGCAUCCCUGUUCCCUUGUCAGAUGUCAAUGAUGGCAUCCCUGUUCCCUUGUCAGAUGUCAAUGACGGCAUCCCUGUUCCCUUGUCAGAUGUCAAUGACGGCAUCCCUGUCCUCUGGUCAGAUGUCAAUGACGGCAUCCCUGUUCCCUUGGCAGAUGUCAAUGAAGGCAUUCCUGUUCCCUUGUCAGAUGUCAAUGACGGCAUCCCUGUUCCCUUGUCAGAUGUCAAUGACGGCAUCCCUGUUCCUCUGUCAGAUGUCAAUGAUGGCAUCCCUGUUCCUUUGUCAGAUGUCAAUGAAGGCAUUGUCCUGUUCCUUAUUGUCAAUGAAGGCAUUCCUGUUCCCUUGUCAGAUGUCAAUGACGGCAUCCCUGUUCCCUUGUCAGAUGUCAAUGACGGCAUCCCUGUUCCCUUGUCAGAUGUCAAUGACGGCAUCCCUGUUCCUUUGUCAGAUGUCAAUGACGGCAUCCCUGUUCCUCUGUCAGAUGUCAAUGAUGGCAUCCCUGUUCCUUUGUCAGAUGUCAAUGACGACAUCCCUGUUCACUUGUCAGAUGUCAAUGACGGCAUCCCUGUUCCUCUGUCAGAUGUCAAUGAUGGCAUCCCUGUUCCCUUGUCAGAUGGUCAAUGA